AUGCCACUUCUAGAGCCAGGUAAAGAGAACGUUAAUAUGCUUUACGGCCAUCCGGUUUCCGGAAGCAAUAUAAUCUUGACAGGUCGGAAUGCCGCUAAAAUCGGUUAUCUACUGGUAAAUCUGGCUGAUCCGGAUGAAGUCCACUCGGACAUCCCGCACUUGGGGAUAACGGGCGUGGUACGCGGCUUACAGCGAAGGGUUAUUGAAUUGGAUAUAUUGCGCGGCAGGCUGUCGGAACACUAUCAUUUCUCAAUCAAUCUUAUCCAGAAACCAGCCGUACCCGGAUUGCUGCAUAUUCCGCUGGAAUCCCAGCCUCUCGCACCGCCGAAGGCCGUCUGGCUGGGUCGGAUCCGGGCGAAACCAGACAUCGCGCCAGCAGCCCGAGACCCGCUCGAGCAGACCCCCCGAGUAGGAAAAUGGGAGACAGCGGAAGAACAUCAACAUUAUCCGGGUAUGUUCCCAGGUCACAAAAUGCCGGUCAUUCAGGCUGUAAACUAUCUUAAAUCUGACGCAGAAUUUAUUGAUAUUCCAUCGGAACUAUCGAAGGAGCGUAAAGAUAGGAAAAACGUAAUAACGCUCGACGCUAUCCGUUCCGUCCGGAAAUGGGGUUAUCAACUGUUUCCGGUCCUGAAAUUCACGUACAAUUUGGUAGAACAGCGCGUGGGAUACGCGGUACUCCUCCCGCAGGCCAAAGACCUUUUAGAUCGAUCCCUGCAGGGCAGCAUGGCACCGUUGUUUCGUUGUGAGAUAUGCGCGAUUAAGCGCGAUCGGAUUGUGACUGAGACCCCCGCUAACCGUCUGCUAGAUUUUCUGAAGCUGCAGAUCAAGCCCUAA